CAAUAAUUCUUUCUCAACCCUAAAAAAAAAAAAGUCCGGUCGAAAGUCAAAGAAAAAGUAGAGCGUGUGAAGUUGUUUUGUUGCAAUAAGGUUGAAAAUUUUUCCCUCUUCUUUUCCUCUUUCUCUCUCUUUUUCUUUCUUUUCAAGUCCAACUUAUGAACUAGGCAAUGGACGCUUAUUUUCAAUCAACACUUGCUGCAAACAGUUUACAACCUCCAAAAACUACUUCUUCAACGACACCCAAUACAACUCGAGUUAUAGCCCACUUUCCACCUACCAACAAAGACUUUAAUUGCACUGAAUUACAUACACCUGAUGGCACUUACUCUCUGUUACACGAGACAUUUUUUGAUACGAUUGCACCUCAAUUCGCUACAGGAACUCGUGCUUAUGUCGUAGGUGUUGUGAAGGAAGACCAUGUACCCUUGGAUUCUUCAGAAGAUGAAGGCCUUACUUUCUCUUCAGUAGGCAGUCUAUCCAUGACGCCUGUUGUCAAGUCUGCAGCAUUACCUAUUCCUAACGCAAGAAGAACCCUAAGAACCACCUCUAGUAGCAGUAGUAGUAUAGGCAAUCUUCAUAUCUUAACUUCACCUCAAAAGAUCAUGACAGCCAACAAUGGUCCCGGAAGUCCUUAUUUACCCAAUUCACCUUCUUUUAUGCCGUCUACACCUACACAACAGCAACAACCACAACAGGAAUUAGUGAAUUAUGAUUCACUUUCUUCUUCUUUGACAAAUCCUGUUGCUAUUGCUAAUGGAGGUAGUGUAGGUUCCCUUUCUUCAUUGUUUGGUAGAGGAAACAACCUAUACAGUUCGAAUUCAAUAGGAGCAGGCGUAGGCAAAUCAACACCUCAACUAUCGUCUUCUAUAGCACGUACCAUGAGCAGCACAAAUAGUAGACCGAAAAAUCAUUUAUCCAAAACCAAUUCUACUUUUGUUCUAAGAUUUGUGGUUCAUGAAAACUUACAAAAAUACCUUGCUUCAAGAGCUAUAGACGAUGAGUUCUUGUUCUUUAAUAUUGGCUCUAGUUUUAUUUGGGUAGACGCCAAGACUAAAUCCAAAUUCAGGACCCCUUAUCUCGUAUUGUGUUCUCUAAAUCAUAUCCGCUCUGCCAUGACAUCAAUGAAACAACACGGUGCGAUGACCAUUUGGACAUCAUUAUUGGAUUCUCAACAGGCGACAUUGUUUGGUAUGAUCCAUUCAACAGCAAAUAUGUGCGGCUAAACAAGGCUGGCUGUUUGGUCAAUGCAGCUGUCAGUAUGAUUAGAUGGAUACCUGGCUCAGAUGAUUUGUUUGUAGCCACAUUUAAGAAUGGGUGUGUUAUGAUCAUGGACAAAGAAAGGGACGAUCAGUCAUUUAGUAUACCUGAGCCAACAACAUGGGUAGAAUCUCAGUAAGUGUGUGCGUGUG